AUGCUCAGCUCCACCGACGCUGACGCUACUGCUGGCCCCACUCGCAUAAAGUGGACACGCCUUGCUCUCUCUGGUGAUAACUAUGAUUGCUGGGAUGCUUAUCUCUACCUUGCUGCCCUCGGUGACUAUGAAUGGGACCUCAACCCCAUUCUUAACUACUGUGAGCUACUUAAGCCAACCCUUCUACCUGGUACUAAACCUGUUCCGUAUGAACCCUUCAAGAAGGUUGACAGCACCACGGAAUUCCGUAACCGGAAGUAG